AUGGCUGAGUCCUCCACAACAAACUCCCUUGGCCUUGAUUUCAAUAAUCUUUCCAUAAAAGACACAGCUGAACCUCCUCAAUCCGAUGCAGAUGGGUCACAGGCACCAGAAAAUCAGUCAGUAGAUGUGGAGUCAAGGGACGUGAAGGAGAAGAAGAAGCCUUAUGUGAACACUGAGCGCGUCAACACGGGCGGAGCGCAGAGGGAGAAAAUCAGUGAAGAAGCGCUUGCUGAACGGAUGCAGCGUAUCAAGGAGCAGAACGAGAAGAUUAAACAACGCAGAAUUGACGUACAAGCGGACGAAGACGCAUUCAAGAAGACGCAGGAAGCUGACCGUCUUCGUCAAGUCAAACAGCGCAAAGUGCAGAAUGGCGUUGACCGCACCCGCGAGCAGAACGCUCGGAGAAAAAUGGACAAGAUGCAGAAUCGUGAAUGGGACUCUGGGAAGUCCACAAGUGACUGGAAACAGGCGAAGAAUCCUGUUCCAGUUGAUGGAUCCGAGGCUACUCCCAGUUUCUCGCCAUCUGAAAACAGGGGAGGAAGAGGCCGGGGAAGUGGAAGGGGAGGACCAUCGAGAGGCCGUGGGCGCGGGCGCGGAGGUCCAUCUGCAGUCGGAUUUGCCAGUCCAGCCAAUCGCACUCAGGUUGCUGUCGCUUCUUCCUCUACCAACGAGGCUACUCCCGUCGCUUCUGAGGAGCCUGAGGCAGUUGGAGUUGCUUCAUGA